CAGCUUGCGCCACAGAUACACAGGUCAUUUCCUAUAUUAAUCACACUAAUUUUUUCGCAGGCUCGUUGAACCACCCACGCUUUCCUAAAAUCGUUUAUUUUCAGUAGAGUUACAACAAACGAUGCAAGGCGUAUCAAACAAAUCAUCUGACCUUUUAUGGGUGGAAAAAUAUCGACCGAAAACCAUCAAUGAUAUAGCUUAUCAAGACCAUAUUAAGCGAAUGUUGAUGGAUGUUAUUACUACAGGCCAUAUGCCGCACUGUUUGUUUUAUGGACUUCCGGGAACAGGGAAAACGUCCGCUGCUCUUGCUCUCUGUCAUCAGUUAUUCGGUUCUGCCAAUUUUAAACGGCGUGUAUUGGAGUUGAACGCCUCAGACGAAAGGGGCAUUUCAGUCGUACGUGAUAAAAUAAAAGCAUGGGCUCAAAUUCUUGUGGGUGCCAAUAAGGUCUCGAGUGAUUCGCUCUCGACUAUUGAUUGGAAAAUCGUAAUUCUUGAUGAGGCUGAUAUGAUGACAUCGGAUGCUCAAUCGGCUUUACGGCGUAUCAUGGAAGAUUAUGUGAAAACCACUCGUUUUAUUAUUAUUUGUAACUACAUUUCUCGCAUUAUAGAUCCUAUCGUAAGCCGAUGUGCAAGAUUCCGUUUCAACCCUAUUGAAUUGGUUAUUCAACAGGAACGAAUUAGAACGAUAGCGAUUAAGGAAAAUGUUACUAUAGAAGAACAGGCUGUUAAAAGAAUUUGUGACAUUUCUGAAGGCGAUUUACGCGUUGCAAUUAUGCUUUUACAAAGUUCUUCUACAUUAGUUACAGAGGAUGAAGUGCUUACUUGCGAAAAUGUAGAAGCUGUAGCUGGGAUUCCUUCUAUAAAUUUAUCAAAGGAAUUAUUGAAGGAAUGUGCGUCUGCCAAACCUACAAAGUCUUUUAUAGAAUUAGAAGAAUCAGUGACGUUUGCUGGUUGGGAUAUCAAGCAGAUUAUGCGUCAAAUAUUGCGUCUCGUAAUUGAAAGUAAUGAGUUUGAUGAUAUUUGCAAAGCAUCUAUCGCUGAAGGAAUAGCAACUGCACAAUUUCGUUUAAUACAAGGAGCUUCUGAAUCCCUUCAACUUCUUGAAAUUUUAAUGCUAAUAAAUCGGCAGUGCAACUAGAAAAUUUAUAAGAAUAAUAAAAAGUGCACAACGUUAACGUUUCCGAUCGAUUGACUCAGUCGUCGAAAACAAGCAUAAUCACUUCUUCCUGGCCUUCAUUUGAUUAUUACUUUGCUCUUCACCAUCUAUACUUCUGUACUCAUACUAGAUAAGACGUUUGGAGAGCAAAGGUUUUUUAAUAAGAAACUAUAGAAUGUUACAAUAGUUAUUUUUAAGACCCAUGCUUUAUUGUUAUAUAUUAAAGGCUGAAUAGAAAUACGAAGAUAAAAUUUCAACAGGAUGGUUUACAAGGCUCAAAGUUUUUUUUUGAGUCACAUGCCAUUUUUUUCCAACGUCUCGCACUUAAACGAUAAAUUUAGUGUACGGAACGACUUAAUUAUUAUCACGUCAUCCAACCCAAUGUUUUCUACAAAGCUUGAAUGUUUUCAAAGCAUAUCUUUUGACUGAUUUCAAAGUGGAGUGGAGACAAUUGUUGAGCUAGUUAGUCAU